AUGGCCCCUGCUGCUGCCGCCAAGCUCGGCGAUCUCGCUCAUCUGCUGCCCCCUUCAUGGAGAGCCAUCAUCACGAGUUGGCUAGCUGAGGACACCCCGAGCUUCGACUAUGGCGGUUUCGUCGUCGGUGAAUCUGAGGAAGAAGCGAUCCUCUAUGGCAAAUCAGAGGGUAUGCUCGCCGGUCGACCCUUCUUUGACGAAGUAUUUGCUCAGCUAGGUUGCACUGUGCAAUGGCGUCUCGACGAGGGGACGUACUUCAAGCCGCAGGGGAAGGUCGAGGUAGCGAGAGUCAGAGGGAAAGCAAGACACAUCUUACUAGGCGAGCGAGUCGCCCUCAAUACACUGGCGAGGUGCUCAGGCAUUGCUACCAAAUCGUUCAGAUUGGCCGAUCAAGCCAAACGAGCAGGCUGGAAGGGCAUCAUUGCAGGUACACGCAAGACGACGCCUGGAUUCAGGCUCGUUGAAAAGUAUGGCAUGAUCGUCGGUGGCAUCGAUGCGCAUCGAUAUGAUCUGAGUAGCAUGGUCAUGCUCAAGGACAAUCACAUCUGGUCAAAGGGCUCUAUACCAGACGCGAUCGCAGCCGCGCGAUCCGUUUGCGGAUUCUCAUUGAGGAUAGAUGUCGAAUGUACGUCAGAGCAAGAAGCGAUACAGGCCAUAGAGGCAGGGGCAGAUGUUAUCAUGCUCGACAAUUUCACGCCCGACCAACUCAAAACGUCGAGCCACAAGCUGAAGGAGCAAUACAGCGCCCGGCACGCUGAUGGACCUCACACGCGCGAGUUCCUCAUCGAGAUGAGUGGCGGCAUCACCGAGGAUAACCUGUCCUCGCACCUGCUACCGCAUGUGGACAUCAUCUCGACAUCGUCGGUACAUCAGUCUGUGAGUCAUGUCGACUUUAGUCUCAAGAUUGUGCCGCGGCACGGGAGAAGUGGUGUCUGA